CUCCUUGAUUGUGCAUCUGUCUAGCUUCAAAACACCUACCGGAAUCGAUGCGCGCGGGUCUGAUACUGAGAACAAGCCACAUCACCGAGCGAUGCAGAAUCCCUCUGACGUGGUCAAGCCAAGCGCCAAAAAAACGCCAGUGGUGACUAUGAAUCAACAGCAUAAGAGCCGAAGUUGAGAUAUUCGGUUAGAAGAACGGAAUCACAACCAUCGGCUUCACAAGCUAGUUGACCUUUUGGCUAUUCAGUGCACAUGAAGUUUUGACAUAAUUUAUAAAAGCCUGGUUCACUGUCGUUCCCGAGUACUUCCUGUCCUUAGCAAACAUCCAAGCUGAAAAUCAGAGGCAUUGUAGAAUUUUGCCAAGUUCAAUCAACCCUCAGGCUUUCUGAUUCUACAUCUUUCAACUUGCCGAUAUGAGUGCCUUCAAGAAAGUUGCCGUCAUUGCAACGAGUACCCGAACCCCACGCAUCGGGACCAAGGUCGCAGAACUGGUGAAAGACACGAUCACCGCAGACGCCACCAGCAGCGAUAUCGACUUGUCUCUCGUUGAAGUCGCCACAUUCAACUUGCCUGUAUUUGACGAGCAGAUCAUUCCCGCCCAGGUGCCAGCCGCGGGUAAUUUUGCCCACGAGCACAGCAAAGUGUGGAGCAGCGAAAUUGCCAAGUACGACGCCUACAUCAUCGUGGUUCCCGAGUACAACCGCGGCCUGUCUGGUGGCGCCAAGAACGCUAUCGACUACUUGUACAACGAGUGGAUUGUCAAGCCAAUCUCCAUCGUCAGCUACGGUAUCAUGGGUGGCAACUCGGCGUCGAGCAGGCUUAGAAGACCCUGGAGGGCAUGAAGCUCCGGGUUGCGCCGAUGCGACCGGCGCUUGCUUUUGCGGGUGGGGCCGGGCCGGAUCUGGUGGCUGCGAUGGGCCACGGCGAGAUCGGUGAAGAGUCGCGGAAGAAGUGGGAGGCGGAAUCGGAGACCAUCCUGAAGGCCUUUGGGGAGUUGAAGGAGCUUCUUAAUGCGCC